AUCUUUCACCCUUCUCUCUCUUCUAAUUCACUGCACUGUUUUUGUUUUUCUUCCUAUUUUGUUUUUUUCUGCCAAUUCUAGAUGCUUUCUGUAACACGCUCAGAUGAAAGGAAAUAUCUGCUACAUGAGGGAAGGAGAAUGAAUCUGCUACAGAUGACACACCGUAGUUAUGUGAGGAUCAGAUGAAUCCAAAGGCUUCAAGUUUCUGUGGUCCAUGUUGGUCACAUUCAUCAUCAUACCACCACCAAUAGAUGAAGUCCUUGUUGAUUUCCUAAACCCUACUAUAUAAUAUUCAAUUUCCUAGGGUUUCACUCUCAACUCCUCAUAACUUUCAUAAAUUUUGUAGGCUUUUUUCUUUUUCUUUUACUUUCAUUUUGAGGUUUUAGCUUGCUGUUCUCUCACUCUUUCCACCAUCUAGGUUCAGAUCAAAUGGCAACUAUGGCUCUUCUGCGUUUUAGUUCUUCCUCUGGUCACAGUCAUGGGCUUUCGUUUCCAUCGCCAUUAUUAUCACAUCCUCAGUUUUAUAACCGUUCUAUAAAUGUUACCAACCCAACCCAUUUGCCUCACAGAUUGAAAUUUAACUUCACAGGAGGGGUUGGCGGCGGUGGGGUUGGUCGGGGUGGUGGUGGAGAUGGAAGUUGGAGAGGUGAUGAUGGAAAUUCAAAUUCCAAAGAUUCGUCUUUUGGGAUUUUGGGUCUGUUUCUGAAUGGUUGGAGAUCACGGGUUGCUGCUGAUCCGCAAUUUCCUUUCAAGGUUCUGAGUGAAGAGCUUGUUGGUGUCACUUCUGCUGUUUUAGGGGACAUGGCUACAAGGCCUAAUUUUGGGUUGAAUGAACUUGACUUCGUAUUUUCAACUCUUGUUGUUGGUGCUAUUCUCAAUUUUACACUCAUGUAUCUAUUAGCACCAACAUUAGGAUCUGCUUCAGCUAGUGUGCCUGCCAUUUUUGCAUCUUGUCCUAAGAGUCACAUGUUUGAACCUGGUGCCUAUGGUUUGUUGGAUAGGUUUGGAACCUUGGUAUAUAAAGGAACCAUUUUUGCUGUUGUUGGGCUUGGUGCAGGUCUGGUUGGAACUGCAAUUUCAAAUGGGUUGGUCAGUAUGAGAAAGAAGAUGGAUCCCAGCUUUGAAUCCCCAAAUAAGCCUCCUCCUACAUUGCUGAAUGGUCUCACUUGGGCUGCUCAUAUGGGUUUCAGCAGCAACCUCAGGUACCAAACUCUGAAUGGUGUUGAGUUCUUGUUGGAGAAAGUGCUUAAUCCCUUGGUAUUCAAGACCUCAGUUGUGGUGCUCAGGUGCGCGAACAAUGUUCUCGGGGGAAUGACUUUUGUGAUGUUGGCAAGGUUGACAGGGUCGCAGAGUGCUUCUGAAGAGAAACCAUCGCAUGUGAAGGUUGGGUUGGGUGAGAAGGAGAAGGUGGAAAGGGAAGGGUUGUUGGAGAAUAAUAACCAAAUAACAUCAUCAAAGUGAUAGCAUUACUCAGUUUGGUUUUGUCUCUUGCUUUGACCAAUGUUGUUGUAGAGGUGAGGCUUUUUAGUUUUCUGAGUUUUGCGUAGGUUUUCCUACUUACAAACUCUUGCAGCAACAAAUAAGUAUGAAGGGUAGAUUGAGAUGGGAGAUUUGGAACAAGUUUGUAGUAGGUGCUGCUGUUCUGUUGCUGAAACAAACCACCUGAGACAAUAACUGUCCCAAAUUAGUAUGACCAUGUUUUGGAAUUCGGACUCCCACUAUCUGCCUAAAUGAAAAUGUUUUGCCGAUUUUGUUGCUGUUUUUGUAUCUGCUAAACCAGUAGGAUUUAGUUGUUACUUUCUAGACCAAGUAUCAUUGUAAAAGUAUCAUACGUUUUGUUUGGAGUAUUGUCUAAAUAAAUGAGGUGUUAGAUAAUGA